UGCUCCAAGUGCUCUUCCCUGCAUGGCUGUAUACAUUCAGGGUUAAUUGUGAUCGGAUAUUAAGACAGACAGACAGAAGUCCUGCAUGGUGUUUACUACUGUUGAGGGGAUUUGCUGGUUUUAUUUGAUGAGCUGGGUCCAUGAUCAUGGACCCCCAACAGUCUGCCCUCCCACUGCAGCUGCAUGGCAACAGUUUUGCUAUGAGCUCUGGAUAUGUGCCAACACUAAGCGCGGGAUACAAUGCAAGAGGAGGAGGAGGAGGAGGAGGAGGAGGCCAAGAAGAUGAACUUCAUCAGCAAAACAUGACCUCCUCUGCUCGUGUCAAUUGCAGGUUGAACCCAGGUGAGCAGUUUCAGAGUCCACUGGAGCCUCUGGUGGUUCACUGCCGUGCCAAGGGCGAGCUGGACACCAGGAGCAGGAGCUGCAGUCCUCUACUCACCAUCUGCCGCUCAGGAGUCAUUUUUCCCUGGAUGAAUCCACGGACAGCUGACUCUCAACAAUCUGUCAGCGGCGGUGGGAUGGUGGCGACGGCGGGUCUGUCGGAUAGAGGAAGGCUCUGCGUCAGGAGAGAGAGGACGGCCUUCACCAACAGCCAGCUGCUGGAGCUCGAGAAGGAGUUCCACUUCAGCCCGUACCUGUGUCGCCCUCGGCGGCUGGAGAUGGCCGCUGGACUGCACCUCACCGAUCGCCAGAUCAAGAUCUGGUUUCAGAACCGCAGGAUGAGGUACAAGAAAGAGCACAUGCAUGGGAAGGUAGAAUCUUCCCAGUGGUCUAACCCUCCCCUCCGCUCAAGGUCAUGUGGUGACCACCUGAGGUUUCAAGGUGUUGUCAGAACUUCCUCCUCAGAUCUGCACUUCAUGGAUUACGCCCCUAUGUCCUCCUGUGUCUUCGACUCUCACAGUGACAGUGGUCAGUGUUUUCACCCGGCAGACCUGCCCCAUCUGAGCUGCAUACUUCCAUCUGUUGCAAAUGGUCCUCCGCCCUCCUGUACAGGCACAGAUAGUCAUCACCAUGCUGGCAUUUCAAACUGGCCCUAGGGCCCCAUAAUGGCCAUCCCUCCUGUGCUCAUCAAAAUCUCAAUGAUACAUCCACUUUCACUUACUUAUGAAAGAGUGGAGCAUGUCUUAUUAGCAUCCCUGGGUUGAAAUCCCCUUAACACCCUCCGUUCACCAUUCAUGAAACAUUUUAAUUAAACUAUGUGAACAUAUCUUAAUUAAAGGAGAGCUACAGCGAUAUCAUUUGUGUUUCUCAGGCGCGGUGACUGAAGACUGCAGGUCAAACUUGCUGCUCGUAUACACGGCAUGCACAACACACAUUAAGAAGUACAUGUUUUUGAUGUAAUUUUGUGGCUGUUACAUUUAUAUUGCAUGUUUAAUGCAUGUGGGAAUCACAUUACGAGUGAUUCUUUUCUAUUUCCCUCUGUUGACAGAUAAUAGCUAAGUGGUUGUCAUAUUUUCUAAGUGGGCUCUUUUUUCAUUAUCUACUGUAAAUAACAGGUCAUUUGUGUAAAAUGUUUUAACUGUGAAAUUGGCAGAAUAAUGUUCCAAUGAUGUUAUAUUUUUGUUAAAGCCAUUAAAGGAAAGUCUUUGAUACGGUUCUUGAUUAAUUGAGAUGUCACGUACUGUACAUGCUUAAUAAAUGCGUCUGGGGAAACUGUAACUGUGA